GGUCUCCACUGUAGUGGACGGGACAUUACUUGUUUUCAGGAUUCCCUUUCGACAGGGAUCGGAUAUUAUGUCCAUGUUUUACCUAAUCAUUACUGAGUUCGGUUCAGUCGGCCGAAAUGUGAUGUAGUCCAUUUCAACGUCGUUAUACUAUUUUCGGUGCGUGUAAGAAAGCAUAUUCUAAUAAACACUACGACAAUGCCUAUCCUGGCUCAAGUCUUAUAUGAUUUCACUGCUGAACCAGGUAAUAAUGAACUGACAGUGAGAGAGGGAGAGACACUCACUGUCACCAAUCAGAACAUUGGAGGAGGUUGGGUGGAAACUCAGAACUCGAGAGGAGAAAGUGGGCUGGUGCCAGAGGACUAUAUACAGAUCCAGCACGCGUCAGCAUCUCAUUCGGCGGCGACAGGCGGCGCUGCCACCUCUGCGCCUAUUUUAUACGAGAACGCUGACGAGAUCGAGGGGGUGAAUGGAAAUGGGCAGUGGUCUGCGGCUGCGUGGCCGGCCAGUCAUGCGGCAGAGAGCUGGGACAGCACAGGGCAGAGGAGGUCACACUCCUUCUACGGUCAAAGCUCGGUCGAGGAUGAUGAGUGGGAUGAUGCGUCAGACGACGGGAAAUACUCCAGCAUUUACAGCUCCUCUCAGCCCGAAGACAGCAGCACUUUUCAGAGGAGCGGGGGACAUUACUCCACAAUGAAACUCUCUCGCAAUAAGUUUCCGUUCUCGAAAACGCCAAAUCCAGAGAUGUACCUGCUGUGCACGCUCCCGCCCAGAGGGAGAGACGUAAUAAAGAUAUACAUGGGAGAUGUUGGCCCAGUAUGGGCGUAUCCGCAGAACCAACUGGACUGUGUGGUUGCGGAUCCAAAAAAAGGUUCAAAAAUGUAUGGGCUGAAGAGUUAUAUCGAAUAUCAGGUCACACCAAACACCACAAACAGACCUGUCAAUCACAGAUACAAACACUUUGAUUGGCUGUAUGAAAGACUGCUGGAAAAGUUUGGCUCCGCCCUCCCCAUUCCUUGCUUGCCAGAUAAACAAGUCACAGGGCGCUUUGAGGAAGAGUUCAUUAAGAUGAGGAUGGAGCGUCUGCAGCUGUGGAUGACACGCAUGUGUCGUCACCCCGUUGUCUCCGGCAGCGAAGUCUUUCAGCUCUUCCUCAACUAUAGGGACGAAAAGGAGUGGAAAAUCGGCAAACGGAAAGCAGAGAAAGAUGAGGCAGUGGGAGUCAUGAUUUUCUCCUCCAUGGAGGCGGAGGCACCGGACCUGACUCCCGUGGAAGUAGAACAGAAAUGUGAAACAUACAGUCGCUUCACUAAAGCCAUGGACGACGGAGUGAAAGAACUUCUCCACGUGGGGCAUCUCCACUGGAAGAGGUGUACAGGACCGUUACAGAAAGAGUAUCAAAAGAUUGGUAAAGCAUUUCAGAACCUGGCGACAGUUUUCAACUCCAGCGGAUAUGAAGGUGAAGCGACCCUCACAGGGGCUCUGACGACAACGGGAAAAAUAUACGAGGAAAUCGCUGAGCUCGUGGCAGCACAGCCCAAGAAAGAUCUACAUUUCCUGAUUGAAACCAACAAUGAAUACAAAGGAUUGCUGGGGUGCUUUCCGGAGACCAUUGGGGUCCACAAGGCAGCCAUUGAGAAGGUUAAGGAGGCAAGCAAACUAUUGUUGGCCAAUAAGAUUUCAGAUCAGGACAAACACAAUAUGACCAAACAUCUCAGCACUAUGUCUUACGCACUGCAAGCGGAGAUGAACCAUUUCCAUACCAACCGUAUCUAUGACUACAACAGAACCAUGCAGUUCUACCUGGAGGAGCAGGUGAAAUUCUAUGAGCUGAUUGCAGAGAAGCUGAGGCAAGCCCACAGACAGUACAUCACACUCUGAGGAACUUGACCAAAAAGAACACACUGUUCGACACAAGACACGCAAAUUUCUCCCGGGCUGCAGAACUGUCACGUUCUGCUUCUGUCUGAGGUCACCGCAAACCCUCAUUUUCACAAGACCUGAGCACACGAGCACAGCAGCCCAUUAGCUAACCGCCGUUACCGCUACAGCAGCUAACGCGUGUCUUCGUCUUUUCCGAGAGAGCCAAUAAAAGCCAUCCUGAUAUUAAAAGAAGGAAAAUAAAUGUUGAGAUAUGCAGUGUUCACUGUGAAUUUUAGCCGGUCGAGUUUCAGGCCUGAUAUGAGACGUCCUUGACCCACUUCUUCUUUGUGGCAGAAAGCGUGUGUGAAAUAUCACCGUUUUAUCUGAUUUCUCCGCGCUCUUCAGACCCUCUGGGUUUUUUGUACUACUGAGAAAAUGUGCCGCGAGCCACCGUCCUGUCGAAAUCUUGUGAGGUAACGUGUGUUUACCUCACGGGUCAUGUAAACUUCAGGGGGUUUUAUCUCUAAGCGCGGAGGCAGCCUGUCGGUCCUGCUUUGAAUGCUUUUGAUGAAGCGCCAUACUGAGUGCGGUGUUCACAGACAGCGAAAUGCUCUGCUCCCAAUGCAUUCCUGCGUAUUACAGAACAGGAGCUCUUUUGAAGGCUCUUUCAUGGACCAGACAUCUCUCUCCUUUUUUCUAUCUUUCUGGAUCUCACAGACUCAAAGCUGAGCUUUGUUGCGACCAAAAGUGAAAACUUCUACGUUACCCGCGUUUCAGGUCUUCCCUAAACACUGUUAUGUCCUAUUGUCAAUAACCCCACAUAUUUAAAAUUGUAUUCUUAUUGAGACUAAUGCCUGCAGUUCUAGAUGGGUUUACAAAACCUUUCUUAAACUGUAAUUAAAAAUCUUGUAUAACUACAUAUUGCUGUCCAAAUGAUACACUAUGUAUUUAAUUUUCUUUUUCCGUUUUUUUCCCCCCAAAUCUUUAUGUAUAAUAAAUCUAUCUUUAUACAUCUC